UUGUCAGAAGGACGAUAUUGUUUGUGUGCUUUCUCUGCACUUACCUAAGGGGGCUCCUUUCGGUCGAUCGGUGGAUGGAGCUGGGCUAAUGCUAGAUUAGGAGGCGGCGUCUUCUCUCAUCACCAGGAUCGAUUCCAGCUCAAUCGCGCUAUGGCUGUGUAUCUGGCAAAUAGCCCUACUCUCUACGUUUCCAGGUUCCAAGAUUCUCGGGGAGCUGCCGCCGCGCGUUCGAGCUCGAUUGCUAUCGCCGCCAGGGCCAGGUUUCCAGCAUUCGGUGGAUUGCAACGACGAUUUCUCCAUAAUCCCUGCGACAAUCGAUAUCGGGCAUGGGCGCAGGCUCUUCCCGAUGGCUCCACUCGCGCACAGUCUCUCAAAAGCAGGGAUUCUUCGCCAUCACGCUUCCAGGUGGCCGAUCUAGAAGACAUCCUAGCGGAACGCGAUGCGUGUGGCGUGGGGUUUAUAGCCAGCACCAAGCAAGAGUCCUCUCACAAAGUUAUCGAGGAUGCACUGACAGCCCUUGGCUGCAUGGAGCAUCGCGGCGGCUGUGGUGCCGAUAGCGAUUCUGGCGAUGGUGCCGGUUUAAUGACGAGAAUUCCUUGGGACAUGCUUAACAGCUGGUUUCAGGAGCAAGGAUUGCCUUUGCCCGAUCAGUCCAACUCUGGAGUGGGAAUGGUUUUUCUUCCACGAGACGAAGCGUCGGCCAUCGCUGCCAAACAAGCUAUCUGCAAAGUCUUCAAUCGUGAAGGCCUUGAGAUUCUGGGAUGGCGAAAAGUUCCAGUUGACGUUUCAGUCGUCGGAUACUACGCGAAAAUGGCCCUUCCAACAAUUGAACAGGUGUUUGUCAAGGUCAGUGGCGAGAGUACGGUGGAGGAUGUUGAAAGGGAGCUGUAUAUAUCGAGAAAGCUGGUCGAACGGGAAAUCGAAGGAGAAGCAUGGGGGGACGAGUGCUACUUUUGUUCCCUGUCUGCUCAGACCAUCGUUUACAAGGGAAUGUUGCGGUCGGAAGUCCUUGGCCAGUUUUACUUGGACCUCCGCGAGAAGAGCUUUACAUCAACUUUUGCGAUUUAUCACAGACGGUACAGCACAAACACCAAUCCGAAAUGGCCACUAGCUCAACCGAUGAGAUUCUUGGGACAUAACGGAGAGAUCAACACACUUCAGGGCAAUCUUAACUGGAUGCGUUCAAGAGAGGCCUCUCUAAAAUGUGCCGUCUGGCGGGGGAGAGAGGAGGAACUUCGACCUUUUGGAAAUCCCAGGGCUUCUGAUUCGGCCAACCUUGACAUGGCUGCUGAACUUUUAAUGAGGAGCGGACGAACCCCGGAAGCAACUCUGAUGAUGCUCGUUCCAGAGGCUUACAAAAAUCACCCUACACUGUCCAUCAAGUAUCCGGAGGUUAUUGACUUUUACGAGUAUUACACAGGCCAGAUGGAAGCAUGGGACGGACCUGCAUUGCUCCUUUUCAGUGAUGGGAGGACAGUUGGCGCUUGCCUUGAUCGAAACGGGCUCCGUCCUGCUCGAUAUUGGGAAACGAAGGAUGGAAUGCUGUAUGUCGCUUCUGAGGUGGGCGUUCUCCCGAUUCCGGAUUCUGAUAUCAUCUCUAAAGGUCGUUUAGGCCCUGGGAUGAUGAUAGCCAUAGACUUGAACUCUGGAAAGGUAUCCGAAAAUACGGAGGUGAAAAAGAGGGUCGCUCUUUCACAUCCUUAUCGCCAAUGGCUGGAUGAGAAAAGCCGUAGUCUUCCCGUUUGUAAAUUUUCAGCUGAACCGUUUAUGGACACUGAUAAGCUCCUUCAGAGACAACAGGCAUUUGGGUAUUCAUCUGAGGAUGUCCAAAUGGUUAUAGAAAGCAUGGCAUCGCAAGGCAAAGAGCCGACGUUUUGUAUGGGGGACGAUAUCCCUCUGGCUGUUCUGUCUCAGAGAGGUCAUAUGCUGUAUGACUAUUUCAAGCAAAGAUUCGCUCAGGUAACAAAUCCUGCUAUUGAUCCUUUACGGGAGGGACUUGUGAUGUCUCUUGACGUCAAUAUUGGGAAGCGAGAAAACAUUCUGGAACCAAAAGCUGAGAAUGCUGCUCAGCUGAAGUUACUGAGCCCGGUAUUGAACGAAGGAGAGCUCGAAACUUUGAAGACGGAUCCAGUUUUGAAGGCUUCGACAAUUCCAACGUUCUUUGAUAUUAGUAAUGGACUUGAAGGAUCACUUUCUUCUGCACUGGACAAGCUGUGUGAAGUUGCUGAUGAGGCUGUACGUGGAGGAUCACAGCUUUUGAUUUUGAGCGACAGAGCAAAUGACCUGGUAGCCACUAAGCCUGCCAUACCGAUGCUGCUUGCGGUAGGAGCAGUACACCACCACCUUAUUCAGAACGGACUUCGCACGUCAGCAUCUCUUAUUGCUGAUACUGCUCAAUGCUUCAGUACACACCAUUUUGCAUGCCUUGUUGGGUAUGGUGCAAGUGCAAUUUGUCCUUAUUUGGCCUUAGAAACGUGUAGACAAUGGCGUCUGAGCAACAGAACUGUUGGGCUGAUGAAGAAUGGUAAAAUACCCACCGUGACAAUAGAACAGGCGCAGCAGAAUUUUCGCAAGGCGGUUAGAGCUGGCCUGUUAAAAAUUCUUUCGAAGAUGGGAAUUUCUCUUCUAUCAAGCUACUGUGGAGCACAAAUUUUUGAAAUUUAUGGCCUUGGAAAAGAAGUUGUAGAUACCGCGUUUAGGGGAAGCGUCUCACGUAUAGGAGGAGUGACUUUAGAUGAGCUCGCUCGUGAAUCUGUAUCAUUUUGGGCCAAAGGCUUGUCGGACGAAGGAGCCAAAAAACUCGAAAACUAUGGAUUUAUUCAGUUUAGAAAUGGCGCCGAAUAUCACGGAAAUAACCCAGAGAUGUCGAAGCUUCUUCACAAAGCAGUUCGUGAGAAGAAUGAGAGCGCGUAUGCUGUAUAUCAAAACCACCUGAGUGACCGUCCUGUAAAUGUUCUUCGGGAUCUCCUUACUUUAAAAAGCGACAGAGAACCCAUUCCACUGUCAAGAAUAGAACCUGCCACCAGUAUCGUGGAACGCUUCUGUACUGGAGGCAUGUCCCUAGGAGCUAUUUCGAGGGAAACACACGAAGUGAUUGCAAUUGCAAUGAACAGGCUAGGUGGCAAAUCAAAUUCUGGCGAAGGAGGCGAGGAUCCUGUACGCUGGAGGCAUUUGACGGACGUAGUGGAUGGUUAUUCGCCGACAUUACCACAUCUUAGAGGAUUGCAAAAUGGGGAUACCGCGACAAGUGUGAUCAAACAGGUUGCGUCUGGACGCUUUGGUGUCACGCCAACGUUUUUGGCGAAUGCGGACCAGCUCGAAAUUAAGAUUGCACAAGGUGCUAAGCCCGGGGAAGGUGGCCAAUUGCCUGGAAAGAAAGUUAGUACUUACAUUGCUGUCCUGCGAAACUCCAAACCUGGUGUGCCACUUAUUUCUCCUCCUCCCCAUCACGAUAUCUACUCAAUCGAGGAUUUAGCACAGCUAAUUUUUGACCUUCAUCAGGUGAAUCCCCGUGCCAAAGUAUCUGUGAAGCUUGUUGCAGAGGCGGGUAUUGGCACUGUAGCAAGCGGUGUUGCCAAGGCUAAUGCAGACAUUAUACAGAUAUCUGGACACGACGGUGGAACUGGGGCCAGUCCAAUCAGCUCAAUAAAGCAUGCCGGGGGCCCUUGGGAACUCGGGUUGACAGAGACACAACAGGCUCUCUUGUUGAAUGGGCUUCGGGAACGAGUUGUUCUUCGUGUCGAUGGUGGAUUUAAAAGCGGCAUGGAUGUUUUGAUGGCUGCUGCUAUGGGAGCUGAUGAAUAUGGAUUUGGAUCGGUAGCGAUGAUAGCAACGGGAUGCAUCAUGGCUCGUAUCUGUCAUACCAACAAUUGCCCAGUUGGUGUUGCUAGCCAGAGGGAAGAGUUGCGUGCUCGAUUUCCCGGAGUACCAAAUGAUCUUUGUAAUUUCUUCUUGUACGUUGCUGAAGAGGUGCGGGGCCUGCUUGCUCAUCUUGGCUAUGAAAAGCUCGACGACGUGAUUGGAAGAACGGAGCUUUUGCAACCAAGACAUGUUCCCCUCGUAAAAACGCGACUACUCGACUUGAGUUACUUGCUAUCGAACGCUGGGUUGCCAAAGCUUUCAAGCACCCAAAUAAGGCGUCAAAAUGUUCAUACCAACGGACCUGUACUUGACGAUGUGGUGUUGGCUGAUCCUGAGAUCUCGGAGGCAAUCGCUGACGAGAAGACGAUAUCCAAGACAUUCAAGAUCUAUAAUGUCGAUCGUGCAGUCUGUGGACGAAUUGCAGGCUCCAUCGCCAAAGCUUACGGCGACACCGGUUUCGCUGGACAGUUGAACAUAACAUUUAUUGGCAGCGCAGGCCAAUCCUUUGGAUGUUUCUUGACUCCGGGGAUGAACAUCCGGCUUAUUGGAGAAUCUAAUGACUACGUUGGCAAGGGAAUGGCUGGCGGGGAGCUAGUUAUUACUCCACCCGAGAAGACCGGCUUCGUGCCUGAGGACUCCACAAUCAUUGGCAAUACAUGCCUCUAUGGAGCUACUGGAGGCCAGUUCUAUUCACGCGGGAAGGCUGGCGAACGAUUUGCGGUUCGAAACAGCCGCGCGGAGGCUGUUGUGGAAGGUGCCGGGGAUCACUGCUGCGAGUACAUGACUGGAGGCUGCGUAGUCUCUCUCGGAAAAGUUGGCCGAAACGUCGGUGCUGGUAUGACCGGUGGCUUGGCAUAUUUCCUGGACGAAGAUGACACGCUCACCCCAAAGGUGAACAAAGAGAUUGUAAGGAUGCAAAGAGUGACCGCUCCCGCGGGACAAGUCCAGCUUCGUCGACUGAUCCAAGCUCAUGUGGACAAGACUGGGAGCAGCAGAGCAAUCCAUAUUCUCCAAAACUGGGACGCAUUUCUUCCAAAGUUCUGGCAGCUCGUUCCGCCCAGCGAGGAAGACACGCCGGAAGCAAACGAAGCAUUUAGCGAUGAAACCAUCGCCGAGCAGCUGGUUCCACAAUCGGCUUGAUCGCUCCAUUCGAUGGAUCGAUCGACAGUUUCCUCGCUCGCAAUGGUGGCUCAAGUAUGGCUCGAGUAUGGCUCGAGUACCAUGAGAAGAACACGAGAGAGGGAACGUGUAAAUUGGCUUGUGUACGUGAAAUAUUAAUCUCCUCCGUUCAUCUUA